AGCACAAGAGAGAGAAUUUAAAAGAGACAGAUAAAAACGCUAUGAUUAAGUGAAGGCAGCGCCCACUUAAUUAAAAUAGUUUCGAUCGAGUGAUUAUUGUACUUACAUACAUUGUAUAUAAAAAUUAUAAAUGAAUAUGUAUAUAAGGGGUGUACAUGAAAAUUAAAUAUAAAACAUCGGUUUGAAACGUUAAACGCAAAAAAUACCGCAAAAACAAAACGGAAAAAAAUAUCAAAAAAAAAACAAAUAAUAAGAGACGUCGUCGCGGUCGGUUUGUUUAGAUGCGCGCUGUUAUUUUUAUGUUUUCUGUGUUUACGACAUACGCAAAAAUACGUGUAACAAAUACGUGCGGUUUUUAAGCAAUUUUGCUUUUUUUUUUUAAAAACAAAAUUUACCUUACAUUUUAAUUUGUUUUAUUAAAUGUGUGCAUGUGUGUAUGUAAUUCAUUUAAACUUAGGCUAAAAAUAAUUUAACACUGAAAAAAAAAAUAAGGAAAAAAAAAAUCAACAAAAGAAGAGAAAAAUGUUGACAUACAAAAUAUUUUCAAAAAAUUUUAACAUAUUUAUUGUGACAGUAAUCACUAUUAUCCUAAGUAGUUUAAAUAGUAAUAAAAUAAUAGUGAAUUCAUAUCAAUUAAAUAGUCAUCAUAAGAUUGAUGACACAACUAGAACAUUAUCAUCAUUACCAUCAAAAUCAUUAUCGCCAUCAUCAUCAACAGUAUUACAUGAGCAUACAAGAAAUCAACAUCAUAAAUCAAAUCAUCACUCUAAAUUAAAUAAUAGAUUCAAUACACAACAAUUACAACAAAAUCAAAAUGAAAUGCAACAGCAACGACCUCAACAUCAUUAUAAUUAUUUACAAGAAAAUCGAAAAUAUUUGCAUCAUAUACCAACUUCAGCGACAUUUUCAAAAUCACAUUCAACUUCUUCAUCGCUAUCAACUCCUUCAAAUAAAGAACAAAUCAGUCAUAUAGAAUUUAAUAAAAAAAAUAAUGAUUACUCAAGAGAUACUAACAAUUAUUCAUCAUCAUCAUCAUCAAACAGUAAUCAUAAAAUACUUGAUGAAGCAAAACAUCCAUUUAGUUUUUCAUUACCGCCAACACAUAUUUUAAAUUCAAAUCAAAAUAAUUAUAAAAAUUCAGCGCAACAAUUACAUCAAUCUAAUUCUAAUUCUGCAAUAAAUUUAAAAAAAAAUUCUCAUUCAACCCCAAUUCUUCCAAUUACAACUAUGAAACCAAUAAAACCGUAUACUGAAACACAUCAAUAUAAAAAUUAUUUUGAUUAUCAUCAUCGGCAUCAUAACAAUGUCAAUUCAACUAAAAACAUUGAAAUUUUAAAUGAAAAUAAAGUGCAUAGUAAAUCACAAAAUAUAACAAUGGCACCACAACUACCACCAUCAAUAUCAUCAUCAUCAUCAUUUUUAUCAGAUGCAAUAAUUAAAGAAGGAGCGGCAUUAAAAUUUCCAUUAAGAAAAAAUCCUCAAGAUCAAAAUAACAUUGUGUUACAGCGGCAGCAAGAACAUAAACAAAAGCAACAACAACAACAACAUCAUCAGCAUCAUCAAAUGAAUCAUCAAAAAUAUUAUCCAAUAACGGAUAUAAAUGAAUCUAAAUCGAAAUCUUAUCAUAAAACAGAGACAACACCCAAACAUUCCACAGAAUUAAUUGGAAGACAUCAUCAUUAUCGUGAACACAACUAUAAUCAACAUCAUCAUGCUCAUCAUUAUAAUGAUAAUCAUAAAAAAAUUGUCAACAUUAAUCCUAAUAUCGAUAAAAUGAAAAAAAAUCAUAAAAUCUACAAUAUCAAUAAUGAUGAGAAUGAAAAUCAGAAUGAAAAUGAUAAUGAUAAUAAUAAUAUCGAUGAUGAAAACGAUAAUGAUAAAACAAAUAAAAAUAUUGUAAAUGAAGAUGAAAAUAAUGAAGAUGAUGAUGAAGAUGAUUAUUAUUAUUACAAUGAAGAUCGCAAUGUUGAUAACGAUGAUGAUGAUGAUAAUGAUUAUGAUGAUGAUAACAUCAAAGAAAAUCAUGGAAUUCUUGGAAAUCUUUUCAAUAAUUUUGAAUCUAAGAUCAAAGAUAUUCAUAUAAAUAAAAAUUCACAUAAUGUACAUAAAAAAAUUAUUUUAAAUCGUGACUAUCACGAUAACGUAAAUGAUGAUGAUGGCGAUCUUAAUGAAAAUUAUAAUGAUAAUGAUCAUGAAGAUCAAUAUCAACGAAGAUAUCAACAUGUUGACGAUGACAUUGAUUUAAUUAAAAAGGAUUUAAUUAAUCAUCAUGAAAUUUUUAAUAAUUUUGAAAAAGAUUUUGAUUUGUACGAUUAUAUUGAUGAUGAGCCUAAGGAUGAAAAUAAUACAAAGAAUAAUGAAAAAUCUGAAAGUUUAACUGAAGAAAAAUGGGAAAAAUAUGGUUCACCAAAAGCAGUUGCAAAUUCUAGACGUAGAUAUUAUAGUGAAGUUCAAAAAGUAAAUGCACAUAUAAUGAGAGUAGGUUAUGAGGCUGAAUGUAGAAUACCAAAACCAAAAAUUAUUCAAAUUAGUGAACCAUCAAAACGUUAUGUACCACAUUGUACAAUAAUACAUAAAUGUGGUGAUGAUACUGGAUGUUGUCAAUCAGAUUUUAGGACAUGUGUUAUGAAAAAAUCACAAAUAAUUGAUUUAUAUUUUUAUGUUGUACCAUUAGGUACUAAAGAACCUAUUGUUGAAACAUUAUCAUUUGAAAAUCAUACUGAAUGUCAUUGUGUUGAACGUGAACGUUAUAGACCAACAUCAUCAUUAUCAUCUUCAUCAUCAUCAUCUGCACCAUUACAAUUAAUAAAAAAUGAUACUGGAAAUUUAAUACAAAAUCAACAACAACAGCAACAACAAUUAAAUUUAAAUUUUAGUUUACCAUGUAAAUGUGCCAAAUAUUUUACUGUUUUUGAAGAUAAUAAUAAUAAUAAUGAUGAUAAUAACAAUAAUAAUAAUAAUAAGAAGAAUUGUCGUUGUGAUUGUGUUAGUAAUGAUACAGCUUGUCUAAGAUUUAAACAAGGUGAAGAAGGAUUUCCAAUGGAUGAUAGAAAUUGUGUAAUAAAAGAGGGAUGCACAGUACCAACAUGUGAAUUUGGUGAUUAUUCUAUAUCAGAAGGAAGAUGUCCAAGGAAUGAACAUAAACGAUACAUUAGAACAUGGAAUUUUGAUUAAAUUUUUGAUUUUUUGUAAUUUUGUUUUACAAUUUUUUUUUUUUUUUUGUUAAACUUACCUUCGAAAGAGGUAAUUUAUUAUUUAUAAUGUAUUAUUUUUUUUUCUACAAUUCACAAAUAUAUAUACAUAUAUAUAUAUUAUAUUCUUAUACGUAUGUACAUAUAUGUAUAUCAGUCGGUCAAAAAAGUUUUUAUAUACUAAAUAACUCAAUAUAUUCUUAGCUCUAAAUCUUAUUACAAUUAAGGAUACAAGAUAGAUGGAGUUGAAAUUUUUGGUUCUUCUUUUUAUCAUGUCAACAAUAGCUCGCCGUUCCUUAUAGUAAAAUAAUUUUAGCCGACCGUACUUCUUGGCUUUAUAAUUAUUUUUCCGUGUUCUUUGUAAUUUUUUGCGGGGAAUUCCCUAUUUCGUACAAAAACAUAAAUUUUUUUUGUUAAAAUCCGAAAGAAACGAUUGCUUAAAUUUAUUUUUCAAAAAUUGAUUAAAAAACUGCAUAUUUGGAGGCUUGGAAGUAUAAAACAUUUAAAAUGUAUAAAAAC